AUGCCAUCUCAUGAGCGCGACCAUCGCCGCUCUCACGACAGGGAUGCGCGCCGCCGUACGCGCUCCCGCUCUCGCUCACCACGCCCCUCCCACGACCGACGUCACAAACAUCGCUCGCGCUCGCCGCGCCGCCACCACUCUCAUCGGCAUCACGAGUCCAGCCGGUCGAAGCACAAGAGCGCUACACCUGCCAGUCUUCCAUUCAAUGCGCGCCAGAUCUCGAAGCGCGAUUACGAUGCCUUCAAGCCCAUGUUCUCGCUAUACCUGGACAUUCAGAAGCAGCUGAUCUUGGAAGACAUGGACGAUACUGAGGCAAGAGGGCGGUGGAAGAGCUUUGUGGGGAAGUGGAACCGUGGAGAACUGGCCGAGGGCUGGUACGAUCCUGCGACGCUGCAAAAAGCGGCUGAUUCUUUUGGGGAAGGAGAGGAUAGUGCAGCAGCACCUCGCUCGCCCGCGCAACAGCGGAAGAGCUCACCAGACUACAAUGCGGGUGCAGAUGCGCGCGGAACCAAACCGCGACGCAACCGCGCCGAAGACGACGACGAUAGCGAGGACGAGUUUGCGCCGGCGUUGCCUAGCGAAAUCGGGUUUGUAGAUGCGCGGCGCUCAGGCCCCGCGAUCCCACGCAUUGAAGAUCUUGCGUUACGCAGGGAGCACGAGGAAGAAGACGCACUCGCAUCGCGCGACGACCUGCGAUACGCACGGCGCGCAGAUAGAGCACUGCAAAAAGAACGACUGGAGGAGAUAGCGCCGCGCGCAGACCCUGGCAGCCGGGAGCGGCAGUUGGAGAAGAAGCGAGAGAAGACGUCGGCGCUGAACGAAUUUCGCAAUGCCAAGGAGGCGGGGGACGCUGAGGUCGGCGAAAACGAGCUGAUGGGUGAUGAUGGCGUUGAGGGGUUCAAGGCGAGGCGGAAGGAAGAAGAGCGCCGCAAGAAUGAACGCGAGAUUCGCAAGGAGGAAGUGCUGCGCGCGAGAGCGGCGGAAAGGGAAGAACGGUUGGCGGUGCAUAGGGCCAAAGAGGAGCAGACGGUGGAUAUGCUGAAAGAUUUGGCUAGGAAGAGGUGGGGUGAGGGGUUUUGA